UGAUCAUAACAUUGCCGACUUCAUCAUGGCUGGAGAGCCAACGAGUUUUCAGUUAGUUCAGAAUUUACCUUGCAUUGUGCUCUCUCGUUGAAACGCGCUUUAUUUCUCUUUGAGAUGCGGUUUAAAUUUUGUGAUAUUUGUUAGAUUGUGAGUGCCUGUUAACAUCCAUCAAACCGUUACUGGACAUCACAUCAAAGAAAAUGAUCUCAAGUUUAUUAUCUCGACUAGUAAUAUUGGUGUUCGGCACCUUAUACCCUGCAUACGCUUCCUACAAGGCUGUCAAAUCGAAAAACGUCAAAGAAUACGUGAAAUGGAUGAUGUACUGGAUAGUAUUCGCACUUUUUACUUGUGCAGAAACCCUGACUGACCUUUUCUUUAGCUUUUGGUUUCCAUUCUAUUACGAAAUCAAAAUUCUCAUUGUGAUAUGGCUUCUGUGUCCUGCCACCAAGGGCUCUAGUAUAAUGUAUAGAAAUUUUGUUCAUCCAUGGCUGAGCUGUAGAGAAGAGGAAAUUGAUGAAUACAUUGCUCGAGCUAAAGAGCAGAGUUACGCAACUGUCUUACAGCUUGGUACGAAAGGAAUUAACUAUGCCAGCACAGUUAUAAUGCAGACUGCCUUAAAAGGUGGCGGUGGCAUCAUGAGUCAGCUGAAGAGAAGUUAUAGUUUAGGCGAUAUCAGUGACACUAAUGACGCUCCUGAACGACUGAUUAGUAGAGGAGAUUCCGUUGACUCAGGAUCAGUUUCUGCAAGGAGACCAAUCAAAAAGUCUAAUGCAGGAAGUCAAGCUAAUUUAUAUUUUCCUGCCAUGGACGUGGAUGUAAAUUCUGUUCAUGUGCCAGAAUCUGAUGUCCUUGUAAGCAAACAAAUCCAAUCAGUAGAUGACAUAAGCUCAGGUUAUUGUAGUACUGACUCAGUGUUUCCUGCUGAGUCUGAGUUGCAAUCCAACUCACCUCUAACUAGAACAGGCUCCUUAGGAUCAUCAAGGAUUCGAACUAGAGCGCUAUCUGGAGCUUCAAAAAGGACACCCUCACAGGAAGAAAUUUUGCCAAACAAGAUGAAUUUUGAUUGGAAUAUUUGUCAGUCUGCUCUCCAACUUUCAACUAUUAUCGAUAGUGAUGAUCUAUCAACUUCAAAUCCAGGGUACGCAACGCUACCAAGAAGCAGCAGUCGAAGAGCACCUCGAAAGAAGAUCACCUAAACUGUUCAUGAAGCCAAGUAGAAUAUGUUUCAAUUUUAAUCAUUCACUUCCUUUUGUAACUAUUACUUCAUCAGUGAAGUUAGUUUUCUCAUGAAGAACGGUACAAGAAAAAGGUCUUGCGAGUGUGCUUUGGAUCUUAUUGUCAACUUUUUGUUCUUAGUUGUAAAAUUUUGCUUUUUUCCAUCACAGAGAAAAAAGGAUCUAUGUAUUUCAGGACUGGAAUCAUGAUUAGAGAAGAAAUAAUUAUUUUCUGUGUAAAGUGGUUGUAACGUAUGUUGAAUCAGUUUAUUUUUUAAUUUGUUGCUUUGUUUUGAGUUUUUCCCCCUUGACUUUAACCUUUUUGACCGUACCUCAGUAAGAGAUUCGUCUAAUAAAAAUUAAGUCCGUGAUAGUUUCUGAAGGCUUCCAUGUUAAGUAAAAACUGUGGUUCUCCCCGUAAAAUUUGAAUGUUUUUUUCAGACAUAUCACACCUAAACAAGGCAACUUUUGCAACCCAUAUUAGCACAUUAUUGCAUUCUAUUUUAUAUCAUGGUGCGCUUUGCCUCAAAAACUUACAAAAUCUGAAGUGGACUUCAGCGUUUAUUGCGAAGAAUAGUUGUAGAACUUUAACUUACCAAGUUGUAUGUUCUGAUAAUAGUCUACCCAGCAUGAGUUCUACCAAAUAUAACUUAUGUGUUUUUUCAUUUAUUGGUUAAAUCUCUAAGAGCAAUUGCUGUAAGUAAAUCGCCUUUCUGUCCAUGAAAGCAUGUUAAUGGUUUCAGAAAUGGUUCAGGGAAUCAUGUGACUUCGCCAAUAAAUUGUUACGAAUCUCCUCCUGAAUCUCGAUUAGGCUGGAUGCCACUUCAUUCAGGUCAAAACCACUUUUUUCUGAAAUGUUCCUGUUUCAAAAGUGUACAUAGGUGUAUCCAAGCCUGUAGUCUUUUGCGUUGCGUAAGCAAUCGGUAGUUUAUUCUGUAGGGUAUUUUAGAAUCUAGUCAUCAUUUGGGAGACUGGUGGUUUUCAGUUUCAUUAGUUCCUUCUUGUAAUUUUGUCCCUGUAUUUUUCUCCCUUCAGAAGGAAGUUUUUUUAUUUAAUCAAAAGUUUAUGUUAGUUUGCAUCCCUUCUCCCCCUCUUUUCCUUUCCAUUUGGUUAAUUUUAUUUAAAGCAAAUACUUUUUGUCAUAAUAAUCCUUUGUCUCAUCAUGAAAUCCUUGCAAUUUAUCUGGAGAUGUGUUGUAUUUAGAAGCAGGUUUUUUUUUGUUUUAUCAAAAGGUAAUGAUGUUUUAGUUCUCUUGUAAAAUUGUGUUUUUAAAAAUUUUAUUUGAAUCAUACUGAUUUGUAUAAUUUAUACCAACCUUAAGCAUAAGCUGUUUAUAUUUUUUCAUGCAUAAGAUUUUUUAGUUACGUAUUUGCAAUUUAGUAUUUUAUUUAUCAAAGAUAAUUUGUUUUAAUCACUCAUAUUUGUGUGUUUAAUUUUUAAGUUUUUUGACCCUUCCCUCCUUAUUUUUUUCACAAGUGAGUAAAUAGCCAAGAGCCUAAGACUUCUAAUUGUAUGAUAAUCCUACUUUAAAAUUAAAAGUAAUGGACUUUGGCAGGUCUGAAAGACUCUCUCUGCAUUCCUUUUUUAAUGAGGAGUUGCUCAAAUUUUGGACUGAACCAUAAAGAUCUUAGAAUGACAGUCUUCUCAUUUUUCAUCAGGAAAGAGGACAGAGAAACUCCUUGAAGUGUCAUGUUUUCCGCUUAUUUUGUUUAGCAGAAUAUGUUUCAUUUUACCCUCAAAAAAGUGUUAUGCAUUUUUAUUUUAUAAGUUUUCUCACCUUUCAUCAUUAUCUCUAGUACUUUGUAUUCAGGAUUAUUUUCCAUACAUAUGUCUUCUGGAUUAAUGUUACAUAUUUUCUUUUCAAGAAGCUGUGUUGACUCGACUUUUUUUAUAAUCAUAAAAUGAUUUCUAGCACAAUAAAUAUUUUGAGGCCUUCUGUUUGUUAUUGACAAAGAAUCAUAAAUCAUUGUUCAUUGUUUACCUAUAAAUCUCGAAGUAAAACUUAUUUUCCUGACAGCCAA